CUUUAUAUUUGCAUAACUCAAAGGUUUUCUUAGUCUGCCCAAAUGUUAAUUUCACGCCUUCACCUCUUGGGUGGAUGAAACUGUCCACAGCUUUAAAAAUGGCUCUUUUCUUUUCCAGCAUCUUGCUUUUAAAGUUUCAGGAAAUCUUGGGGUGUCCAAUCUUAACCAGGCUACCCUUAGGCAGGUUAUAUGUUAUAUAGUUCAGUUUGAAUUCCCAAAUUACUUUUGUGUGGUGAGCUGUCUCAAGAUCCAGGGGAGGAUUCACAGCCAGCUGCAGGGAAUACUGGGGAAUGUAACCUUUAUCCAGCGUGGUUUUAUGCCUCGGGAUAAAAUCAGGGGCUGUAAUAGGAUGUAGGAAGAGUAGAAGAAUGUCAUAGAACUAGCAGUUUCUGCCACUGCCAUCCACAACAGCCCCUUUCCAAACCCGGCGGAAUCUGAACGCUGGUACUAAACAGGAAUGUCAGCCCUGCUAGGGAACAAAGGUUCUGGGAAGACAAGUAGAAUUGCCACUUUAUAGUCAGGGCUCAAGAAAAGGUGGGCGGUGAACAAGUCUCCAAGCCAAUUGCUGACGAGUAUUUGCAGGGCACCAGUCUGAGGAAUUGGCCUUCUUGGUCUUGGAACCCUAAGGCACCAGGUUCUGGUUCAAGUAAGGUAUUUCCGGAACUGGCGCGCGGAGACAGGGAUGCCCCGGAAGUGUUUCCCUGUUCUACGUAGGAAAGAUGGCGACGGUGCAAGCCGUCGGCUCCCUGCUGGGCGGGCCGCCGCGGGAGUUGCCGCUGGAGCUACCUGGCGAGCAGGGCAGGGGGUUCCGCCGCCUGUCGGCCAGGCUCUGCGCCCUGCGGCCGGAUGACAGUAGCUCCGCGCGCACCGAGAUCCACCUGCUCUUAGACCAGCUCAUCUCCGAGAACUACAGCGAGGGCGGCGGCGUGGCCCCGGAGGAUGUCAGUACACUUCUUGUCCAAGCUUGCCGACUGGUGCCUGUUAAUCAGAAUCAUCUUGUCAGCAAAGUGUCUCAGCUUAUCCACCAUUUACUUAACACAUUACAGGUAAUUGUUGAUGAACAGAACCUGGAUUUCCUGUUGGCGUAUACGAUUUCUGCUCUUCAACAGUGCAGCUCCUGGACACACGUGAAAAUUCUUCAAGCCCUGGCAGCUCUGGUUUACUGCAAUGGCUCCAAAUGUCAAAAGUACCUCCCAGACUUACUAGGCAAGAGCGGACUCUUGAUGAAGUUGAGUGACUCGACUCAGUGUGACCCAGAAGUUAGGAGAGCUGCGGUGCACUGUAUGGCAAACGUAUGUCUCAGUGUACCAGGACAGCCGUACUUGGAGGAGACCUACCAGAAUAUCUGCUUCCAAGCCUUCUUGACCACUUUACAGUCUCCAAAAUUGUCUGACAUGGAUGAUAUCACAUAUUGUAUGUUGUUACAAAAUGCAUUAAAAGGUAUACAAUCUCUUCUAAAUGGUGGGAAGAUGAAACUGACACAGACUGAUGAACUUGGAGCUCUCCUAGCUGUGCUAAAGAAAUCGAUGUUUCAUGGACUCCCUGGAGUAAACAUAGAGAUGCCCAAAGUGUUAUAUCCCACUCCGCUUCCUCAGUAUGAUGGGCGGCCACCUGUCAAACCACAGCAAUCAGAAUCCAGCACUUCUCGCCCAACUCUGAAUAAAAAGAAAAAAUCAAAAGUAAAACCAAAGAAAAUCCAGCAAGGUGAGGAGGAAGAGGAAGAAUCCAGUGGUGAAAGAGAAGCGGCCCCAGUCACUGGCUUGGGCAGAGUGAACCUGUAUGAAGGGAACACUCAGUGUGUCUCCUCCCUGGGUGUCCAGAGUUUCCCAUUGGAUGGAAGUGGAGCUGCAGGAACAGAUCGAGUCUCCUCAGCCUUCAGUUCUUCCAGCUGGAAAAGGAUCAGCAGCAGUGAGUCAGACUAUUCUGAUGCUGAAGGAGGCAUGCAGAGUAAAAUGAGGUCUUACCAAGCCAAAGUUCGCCAAGGAGCAUUAGCUUGUUUUCUUUCUACUAUAAAAUCAAUAGAAAAAAAAGUUCUUUAUGGCUACUGGUCAGCCUUUGUUCCUGAUACACCUGAGCUCGGAAGCCCACAGUCUGUUUCCUUGAUGACUCUUACGUUAAAAGAUCCUUCCCCAAAGACGCGUGCCUGCGCUCUGCAAGUUUUAUCUGCCAUCUUGGAAGGCUCAAAGCAGUUUCUUUCUGUUGCUGAAGAUACCAGUGACCACAGAAGGGCUUUUACUCCCUUCUCUGUCAUGAUUGCUUCCAGCAUCAGAGAGUUGCACAGAUGCCUUUUGUUAGCUUUGGUGGCCGAGUCGUCCUCACAGACCCUCACUCAGAUAAUUAAGUGCCUUGCAAAUUUAGUAUCAAAUUCACCUUAUAACCGUCUGAAACUCAGCCUGCUGACCAAAGUCUGGAACCAAAUAAAGCCUUAUAUCUUCCACAAAGACGUUAAUGUUCGUGUGUCAAGUCUCACACUCUUUGGAGCUAUAGUAUCUACUCAUGCACCUUUACCUGAAGUCCAGCUACUUUUACAACAGCCCUGUUCUUCCGGACUCGGCAAUAGCAAUUCAGCAACUCCUCACCUCAGCUCUCCUGAUUGGUGGAAGAAAGCUCCUUCAGGACCCUUUUUGGAAGAAGCAUCAGUUAGCCCACCAAAGGGGUCUUCAGAGCCCUGCUGGCUCAUUCGACUUUGCAUUUCCAUUGUUGUACUUCCCAAGGAGGAUUGCUGCUUGAGUAUUGAUGCCACGUGUGUAGCAGGAAGCUCCUAUGUACCAUCCCCCAUGCGAUUGGAGGCCUUACAGGUAUUAGCUCAUCUGGCAAGGGGCUACUUUUCAGUGGCUCAGGUCUACCUGAUGGAGCUUAGAGAGGUGAUUUGCAAAUGCAUGGGGGAAGCAGAUCCAUCUAUUCAGCUUCAUGGAGCAAAGCUUCUGGAAGAACUGGGUACGGGCUUAAUACAACAGUAUAAACCCGAUUCUACCACAGCACCUGAUCAGCGAGUGCCAGUCGCCGUGGUGGUGCUGUUCUGGACUGUGAUACUGAGUGGUCCUUUACCCAGAGCCCUGCAGAACUCCGAGCACCCGACUCUGCAGGCCAGCGCCUGUGACGCCCUGUCGGCCAUCUUGCCGGAAGCCUUCGGCAAUCUGCCGAGCGACUGGCAGGUCCUGUGCAUCACGAUGCUGCUUGGGCUAAACGACAGCAAGAACCGUUUAGUGAAGGCUGCGGCCUCGCGGGCCCUUGGAGUCUACGUGCUUUUCCCCUGUCUCAGACAGGAUGUCAUAUUUGUUGCAGACACAGCAAAUGCUGUAUUGAUGUCACUUCAAGACAAGUCUCUGAAUGUCCGGGCGAAAGCAGCCUGGUCCCUGGGCAACCUGACAGACACUCUGAUUGUUAACAUGGAAACACCAGACCCAAGUUUCCAAGAAGAGUUCUCUGGUCUCCUGCUCUUGAAGAUGUUGCGAUCAGCUAUAGAAGCAACCAAGGAUAAAGACAAGGUAAAAAGUAAUGCAGUUCGGGCCCUUGGAAAUUUGCUUCAUUUUCUGCAGCCAUCUCAUAUAGAAAAACCCAUAUUUGCUGAAAUCAUUGAGGAGUCUAUCCAGGCCUUAAUUUCUACUGUUCUAAUUGAGGCUGCCAUGAAAGUCCGAUGGAAUGCUUGUUAUGCAAUGGGAAAUGUAUUUAAAAAUCCUGCUCUUCCGUUAGGCACAGCCGCGUGGACCCCCCGGGCCUACAACGCCCUCACGUCAGUCGUGACCUCGUGCAAGAACUUCAAAGUACGCAUCCGCUCUGCCACUGCCCUCUCCAUCCCGGGCAAGAGAGAGCACUACGGGCCCGUUGACCAGUACGCGCAGAUCUGGAACGCCUUGGUCACCGCCUUGCAGAAGAGCGAAGACACCACGGACUUCUUGGAAUUCAAGUACUGUGCCAGUCUGCGGACCCAAAUCUGCCAGGCGCUGCUUCACCUCCUGAGCUUGGCCAGUGCCUUAGACCUGCCCUGCAUCAGAGAAACUCUUGAAUUGAAUGGAGACAUGAUUCAGUCCUAUAUGCUACAGUUUUUAAAAUCAGGAGCAGAGGGAGAUGACACGGGAGCCCCCCACAGCCCGCAGGAGAGAGACCAGAUGGUCAGAGCAGCCCUGGAGCACAUAAGCAGCGUGCAGGCACUGCCUGGUGACAUCGCCCAAAAGGCCAUCCUGGGCUUCUUAGAAGAUAUCCUGACUGUUUAUUUUGAUUCAUCUGGAUCCUAAGUAGCACUCCUAGGAUUAACAGAUGGGUGACUCUUCCACCAUGCUUUCUAGGGGUCAAGUGGUCACAGGAAGACAUGAGUUUCAGAGGUCAAAUGGUAACAGGAAGACAGAGUUUGAGAAUCCAAUAUGUGGGAUUUAAUCUUACGGGCAGAAAUAAUCCAUCCACUAUUUAUUUAGAAUGGGUUAGCAGCUAUUUAAAUUUUCCUACAAGAGCCCAGCCACUUCAGAGAGUGGUUCUGCUGUACUGGCCGUGGUCCAGGUUGUUGGAACCUCUACCCUGUGUGCAGCCAGGAGCCAAGAAGUGUGGCCUGAGCAGACUAGGAGGUUGUGAAGGGUAUUUAGUCUCAGAAGACUUAAAAAAAAAGGAAGAAAAGAAAACAAGGUUUUAGGAAUAAGAAUGUUGCAUAUUGUGUCUGUGGGAAUUGUAUUUCUUAUGUAAUGAACUAAUGGAAGACAGUCAGCCCAUAUCUCGUGUUAUUAUGAAACUGCAUUUAUAGAAAGCUGCAAGCAGUGCUGACGUCCAGCCAGUGUGCUCUGGUGCAGCCCCAUCGGUUGCUAAAAUACCGGAACAGUUCCUUAUAGGCUGGUAAACAGCUGCUGUGCUAAACUCCCCAAGUUCCCACCCUGGAAGCCCCCUCCACACCUCUUGAAGGAUGUGGCUUGUUUACUUGUCUUUUUCAUAAAAGUAAAAAUGUGGUGUAUAUAGCUUAUUCCUGGUUCUUUGGGCUUUCACUGGUUGGUUCCUUGAUUAAAUAUUUGUGAAAUGACUUCAGAUAGUUUCAUUUGAUGAAUCACUUGUAUCUU